AGCAACCACUACACCGGCGCCGCUGCUGCUGAACCAUAGGAGUACUACGCAGACGCAGACGCAGACGCAGACCAAGAAGAAAUACAAUACACUAGCUACCAUGGCCGCUCUUUCCUCUGCCGCCGUCACCAUCCCUUCCAUGGCCCCCUCCGCUCCCGGGCGGAGGAGGAUGAGAUCUUCGCUGGUCGUGCGCGCCUCGCUCGGCAAGGCAGCCGGCGCGGCCGCAGUGGCCGUGGCCGCCAGCGCCAUGCUCGCGGGCGGCGCCAUGGCGCAGGAGGUGCUUCUCGGCGCCAAUGGCGGCGUGCUGGUGUUCGAGCCGAACGACUUCACCGUCAAGUCCGGCGAGACCAUCACGUUCAAGAACAACGCCGGCUUCCCUCACAACGUGGUGUUCGACGAGGACGCGGUUCCGAGCGGCGUCGACGUGUCCAAGAUAUCGCAGGAGGAGUACCUCAACGCCCCCGGCGAGACCUUCUCCGUCACGCUCACCGUCCCCGGCACAUACGGCUUCUACUGCGAGCCGCACGCCGGAGCUGGGAUGGUCGGCAAGGUCACCGUCAACUAAUUAUUCUUUCUUCUCAAUCUAAAUAUGCCUCCUACGGCUCUAUCCUAUAUAUAUAUAUAUCGAUUUGUCCAUCGCGAAUAUACUACGUACCGAUGAUCUGUUCCUCAGUUUUCUCUUGUGUGUAUGCAAGUGUGUAUCAAUUAUCAAUAGCAAUGAGACGAACAAUUCAACGAUAUAUUAUCUAUGUUGAUGAUUUGUGUCA